AUGGUCUACGCAGUCUGUGAGGAUAUUUACAAGGCGGCGCACAACGCUUUGGAAGGUAUUUGUCAGCGCGUUGGUCUAUAUGGAUUUUAUGAGUAUUUCCAAAAGAACUGGGACUCGUGCCAAGACCGAUGGGUAUACUACCUACGUGCGAAGCUACCUCACUUCAUGAAUCACACUAAUAAUCGACUGGAAAGCUUUUUUGGAAAGUUGAAGGAUGGUGUGGAUGGAUCAAUGAGCAUGGCGAUGUGUGUGAAAGCGCUUGUCGCCCACGACCGCCGCGUGUCGAACGAAUACCAAUAUCGACUCUCUCGUAUUGGUCGCUUCGUUAACAGUUCGUACGACGAAGAGAUGACAACGGUUUUACGCUUCACAACCCAUUACGUUGCCCAGCAAGUCGAACAGCAGUAUGCUACAGCGCUUGCAAAAGCGGAAACGUACAAUUACGUGGAUGAUUCUGACGGAGGUGAUUUCGUGGUUGUCAACGGAGUAUUCUCUGAACACAAGGUGAAUUUGGUUGACUGGCGUUGCGAUUGUGAUUUUUCGGUGUCUAUGAAGCUGCCGUGUCGUCAUGCUAUCGCUUAUCGAAGACACAUCAAAGUAUCUGGCCCUUUGAUUCCGUGGGGAGGGAUUGAUGAAAGGAUUAUCCAGGGUAACAUUUUGGAUUUUCCAUGA